AGCAAGCUUAUUCAUGUGUUUACCGAAUCGACACGGUUGACCUGCUCUGUGCGCCUAUGUGAAUCAUACCCGGAGAUCUUCCGCCGAAUCUGAACUUUUACAAGAAUUUCAUUAUAUACGCAUAAUCUGAAUAUAUGUACUUAUAUUGCAUGAAAUUUAUAUAUAUUGAGUAUCGCAUGUGCAAAAUUGGUUCUGAAGAAGACAACUUUCUGAUGUGAAUUUUAAAAGGACAUUUAAUCUGUCUUAUGACGACUUUUGCAAUCCACUGAAGCAAAUGAUUGUGGGAAUUCAACAAUGACACACAAUGCGUGGUCGAUUUUUUCACUCGAAUUCGUUUGUGUUCUUGAUCGCCUUCCUUGCGAUUUUUCAAGCUACGAGCAUAACUGACGCAGCAAAAAAUAGACAUCAUGUAAAGAAAACAAAGAUUUCAGCAAAACCCUCGAAAAGAACUUUAAUAUCCGGUUUCAACAGAGAAGAUCUGGUUGAUGCUCACGAAGAAUACUUUGUUGAUACACCUUCGUUGAACAAUCAAAUUCCAAAUGCAGAAACUGGGAGAAUUCACAGUGAAACAGCUGGACAACAACCUCUGUAUGUACCAAUGCCUGAUGCUGAUGUUGAAGCUUCACCACUUGGAGAUGCACAAGUGCCAACUGUCAGCUCGAAUGAAUACAAAAUAGCGUACAGCGAUGGCCUUCCAUUUCCAACUUCCCCUUCCCGCAACCAAGAUAAUCUUCUUGUAUACGACACUCCACAAGAUCCACUUGAAGAAAGCAACUCUAAUACUGUGAAGAUUGCAGACCCCUUGGCCAGCAAGAAACUUUUCAGCAAUGACGGGUUCUCACACGGCAUGGGGGAAGUUAGCAACGCUCUCAACAAUCUGCUCAUCGACAAAGUUUUGAAUAGCGACAAUGACAAGGAUUUCAAUAAAGAACUAAAGCUACUUAGCGAAGAGUUUGCACAGGGUGAAGUGGAAGAAAAGGAGGAAAGGAAAAAACCGUCAUGCCAGCCUGGCGCGAAAUCAAUUUUUGCGAAUUGUAAAAAGAAACGAAGUGCUGUAUGUUCGCCUGAAGAUCGCGGCACCUUCUUUAAGAAUGCACUGAAGGUCCACAACCUGUUUAGAAAGAUUCAUGGUGUUCCUGAUCUUGAAUUGAACGACAAACUGAGCAAAGACGCCCAAGAAUACGCAGAACAUCUUGCGAAAACGGCAUCAUCAGAUCAUUCACUGCGAAGAGAUCGACCUGGCCAAGGGGAGAAUAUCGCUGUUGGUUGUACAUCUGCUGGGUCCGAGUUGCGUGCAAAAGAGGCCAUUUCACAAUGGUACAGCAAGGCCUGUGAGAAAGGUUUCGAUUUCUCCGGCUACAAAAAAGGCGUGGAACCUUUUGCCCAGCUCGUCUGGAAAGCGACCUCUUUCUUAGGUAUGGGAAAGGCAGUUUCAAAUCGAGACGGCAACCUUUGCACCUAUAUUGUUGCCAGAUACUCACCAGAAGGAGACAAGAACACAUUUUCAGAGAACGUUAUAAAGGGUACUUUCUCUAAGGACGGGAUAUGCAGUUCAUCGUGUGUUGUCAAAGGCAAUGUCCCGCAAAAGCAAAAAGAACCUGAAGUGCUACAAGAGGCUAGCAGUGAGAAACCAAAGGUUCAGCAUUCUUCCGCCACAGCAGCACAGGCUGUUGACAAGCCUGGAGUCGAAGAACACAGACAAGUCCCAAAAAAGCAUCCGGUGCAACCUGAGCUUAAGAAAGUGGAAGAGAGCAAGCCAGAUCAAACAACAACGAAGCCAUCUGCUGGAAGCACAAGAAUACAAGGUGAAAAUGCAAUAAACAACAAGCAAGAAACAGGAAAUUCAGGUGAGGUUGGAAACAAAAAGGUGCCUGAAAAUGUAGCAAAACCAGCAAAGCCGACUCCAAGUGGUAUUGGGCUGUCUAAAGUAAAUGACGAGAAUAUCAAACCCACCCCAAAAUUAGAGCCGAAUAAACAAGAGUUGCAGAAACCAGAACAUCAAAACUUGGUUGCUCCAAAACCACAAAUGAUUGCACCAAAUCAAGAUAAAGAAAAAGUCAAUGAUGACAAAAAUGGGAUCAAAGUAACUGCAAAUGAGCCAACACCAAAGGUGCCAAUGCUAAUUAACAUCACGUUUCCAAAGGCUUUGCAAGCGAAAAAUGACUCAAUGAUUCAAAUUACAGUUGGGAGUGAUAAGGAGAGCAACCCUGAGCAGGCAAAUUUCCACCCAGUUGUUAAUUUCACUGGUAAAUCUGGGCAAAUUCUCACUGCAGGUGAUGAGUUCUUUGAAGAAGAGGGAAGGAGAGGAAAAAUGAGUGAAGGAAAUGUCGCUGAUGUCUCGGCAAAAUUCUUGGAAAAAUCGGAUGCCAAUACAGGUUAUAAAAUGAGCGAUUUUCUGAAUCAAGAAUUUGGAGAUCAAGCAAGCACGAUUGAUAAAACAGAGGGAAAGAUUGUUCAGAAUGGGACGAGAAAAACUACAGAAGUGCAAAAUAAGAAAGCAUUAUCACAUAUGUUCCAAGAUAGGAAAGGGAUGAACUUCAAAAACGAAGAUAAUUCCGUCACAUAUUUGAGAAUAGCCAACAAGCUGAUGCAUAACGGGAAAACAUCGUCCAGUGAUGUCUACUUCUCCCCGAAAAAGUUGGAAAAUGACGAAGCGGUUGGGUAUGCAAAGGAAAGCAGUAAAGGAGACUAUGGUUUCACCGACCAGGCAGCAAUCAAUGAGAGUGGUGCUUCUGGAACUACAGUUGCUAACAAAACAACAGGGUCUUCUUUACGAAAGGUAGAUGGGAAUAUUACAAUACCACAUGCACUGACCUAUUCAAAUGAAAAUUAUAAGAAUUUAACAGUGAAUUCAAGUGUCAUUGUUCCUGUACACAAGACUUCUGGCCUAGUGGAGCACAGUCCUCCGUCAGAUGUAGUGGAUACAAAAUCGAAUGAAAUGGAGACUGAAAGACGUGCAAAUCAAAACGAGACAGCUAAAAACACUGCGAACCUGGGCGAGGAAAGUUAUAAAGAGAAGCCUACCAAAGAGGGAGAAAAAGGUCUUUCAAACGAAGGAACUGGUUACAAGCAAAGUAACCCAGGUUCUUCAGAUAUUGAUAAAAUUAAUGAAUUCAAUCCUAAAUUAAAUAAUGAUCCACAGCAGGUAAAAUAUAAUUACAGCAGUGAAAAAGUGGAAGAAACCGGAGCUACCAAAAUAUCAACAAAAAACAACGAGGGCCAUCACCAGGUGGAGAGUGCUGGAGACAAAACAUCAAGCCCGAUGAGUAAUCAUAGAUUUAUGAAAAUUUUUGAUUUUGCAGAGGUCUCUGAUCAUAGUAUUGAAAAGAAAAAACAACACCAUGGACGAGUUGAAAAUAACAAGUUCAUGGACCUAGAGAAGCAAAUUCUGUCACAGCAAGAUAACAUUUUCCACAGAAAAGCGGGAGAGAGUGCUAAAGGCUACACGGGUCAUAGGACAGGGGGCAAUUCUGAGGGUCAAGGUGAGAGGCCGUCGAAUUCCGAAAGUAAACUUCAAUUGAGUCGCGAGAAAGAAUCUUUUCCUGAAGUUGGAAAAGGUUUAGACUCGACUUUGAUUUCAACAAAAAAUCAAAACGAUAUUGGGAAUAAAAAUCUAACAAUGAGUAAAGAAGUUAAAGCUGCAAAAUAUCCCGAUGAAGUGGAAAGGAAAGUUGGAGAAGCUAAAAAUUCUGUUCUUGAAAACCAGACUAGCAAACAACUGCCAAAGCUUUCAACAGCAGAAAUUCAAGUAAGUGACGUUAGCAAUAAAAUGAACAAGGAUGUACACGAAUCUAAAAACCAACUUGAAACAGGUAAUUUAAAAAGUGAAGAGUCUCCGGAGAACAAGGUCGAGAAUCCUAUUUUGAGCAAUAAAGUUCUUCAAAAAGAAGAUUCAAAUGCCGAGCAUGGAAGCAGUUCUGAAUCUUUCAAAAUUAAUGGUGAUCAUGCCGAAAGUACCCAAAAAGUCACUGGGUCUGUGAACGAACCAAACACUCAUCAAAUUUCUGAGCCUUUGAGUCAACAUGAAAUACAAAAAGAUACAGAAAAUACCACAACUAUUGAUGUUGGAACUGGGUUUAUCAAAAUACAAUACCAGAAGCCUCACGAAAGAAUAAGCGCGUCAAGAGGAAACAACGAGCAGUCAUAUGUGAAUGAAUCUAGCAGUGGUUUUGAAAGCUUGAAACUUUCCUCUGAUGGUGAUAAACAGAACCCAAAUAGUAAUUCAAUAACUGAGUUUAGCCAUAAUAUAGGUAAUAACGCUUUUGCGGAGAAACAUUCAAAACAUUCGGUUGACAAUCAAGAAGCAAAGAUACUGUCUUCUUCAGUUCAAGAAACGUUGAAAAAGAAUCCUCUCCAAAAGGAAGAAUCUAGUAAAUCGUUUUCACCCGAGAUUAAUAUGCAGAAUCCACAUCAUUAUAUAAUUCAGAUAAAACCAACACAUUCUUUUCAUAAUUCUGCAGACUCACAACCAGACAAAGACAUUACACCAGUAGAGGGAAGCUCUUUGAAACACAGGGUGGCUGAAUUUGUCUCUGCUAACGGGAAAGAUAGUUUUGGAAAUGAAGAAGAUAUGUCCACAGCAAAGCAAGUUUCAAGAUACCAAGAGAGUUCGGUGGAAGAUCAGGAUCUUAGCCAAGAAGAUUUGAUGAAAGACAACAUAGAUGCAAAUGCGCAGCAUGUGAAAUUGGGUAACAAGGAUGUAAGAAACCGUCCAGUAGAGAAUGAAAGCAAAGAAACAGCUGGAAGUUUCAAUAAUGAAGGUAACAGUGGAAGAUAUAGUCACAGGGUCGACGGCCAUGACAGUAAAUAUCAUAAAGAGGAAGAUGGGGCUGUUGAGUAUGGCUCAAAGUUGAAAGCAGAGCCAAGUGAUGUUAAGCAUCAAAAAGGAACUUCUUUUCAUGAGAAUCAGAAAAUCUCAAAAAGUAGUGAUAACGACAGAAAAUUGUAUAGUGAUGAUAAAAUCAACGAAAAAGCAAGUAAAGAUUUUAGCAAGCAAGUAAAGACGGAUGAAUUUAGCACAAUCAGGGAAGGUUUCCUAAAGCUAAAAAACACUGAUUUGAAAAGCGAUGCAAAAAUCGAUUUUGAAGAAACAGGAAAUAGCAAAAAAAAAGUUUAUGAUAGAAAAUUUUCAUCUUCCAAGACAGAUGUAUCAAAUGAUAUUGGAAAUGUGGAAAAGGAGAAAACUUGGAAAAUGUCUGACAAUCAGAUUCAAGCUGGUCAUGUUCACAACGAAGAUCACCAUGAAAUUCAAACAAACAGAAAAAGCAAUAGACUCUUUGCAAAAUAUGAAGCAUCUGACAUCAUUAAUAAUGAUGAAUUCUCAAACGUGAAUGAGUUUGAAACAGAAUCACCGCAGCAAAUAGAUACUGAAAAGCAAAAUAUGAAAGAAGAUAAACACGGCCGAUUAGAUACUGAGAGCAAUCACGCAGUAGCAGAAAUGAACACAAGAAAACAAGAAGAUUUAUCAACAGUAAGAUUCUCUUCUGAUGAGAAACACGAGAGCCAUAAACAUAACGAAAAUCGCAUGAAAUCGUUCAAAGAGAAUCAAAAACAGAAAUUCGACAAUGAUUUACAUUAUUCGUCUCCUAAUCAAGUCAACUCAGAAGAAAAUAUGAAUAACACACCCAAACAGUACUCCAAAGAACGCCAUGAAAGCACAGAAAGUAGCGAAGGCAUAAAAUUGAAUAAAGGUCGAACAAAAACUGCCGAUUUUAUCAAAGAUAAAACAGCAAAAGAUUCUUCGGCCAUCGUUGGCCUCAAUUUGGAGUCGGGUUAUGGCAACAUUAAAGGAUUCAGCCAUGGUCUAGAGCAAAAAGGGUCAAGACUUGAAGGAAAGGAACUCGCUGACAGUUCAAAGCUGAUUGGAACUGAGGCCAAUGACCAAGAAGAAAUCCAAAGAAAGACAAUUUUUAUUCCGCGUGAAGUCAUCCUCAAGUUCCAAAAAGACAUGGCAAUUGAGCAUAACAGAUACAGAAACAUCCACUCUGCUUCUCCGUUGCUUCUAAACUCCAGGAUGAGCAAAGAGAGUCAAUGGUACGCAGAUAACCUCGCAAGGAAAGGAUCUGUCAAUCACUCUCCCCUCAAAUCGAGGCCAGGCAUUGGCGAGAGUAUUGAAAAAUUAUGCACAAAAAGUAAUGGAAUUCCGACUGCGUCACAAGUUGUCAAGAAAUGGUAUGAAGAAGUGUGCAAUCCAGGUUACAAUUUUAAAAGAGACGGAAAACAGGUCGGAACAGGGCAUUUCACCCAGAUUGUGUGGAAAGACACAAAGGCCCUUGGAAUAGGCCUAGCUGCCAGCAAGAGCGAAGACGGCCAUAUUUGUUCGUAUGUUGUUGCACGAUAUUAUCAAGCUGGUAAUGAUCUUGGAACUAUAAGAAGCAACGUGGGAAAAGGACAUUUUCGAUCUUGUAACGACAAUACAAAUAGCCAUAUGACACCAACAAGUCAUGUUACGAGUGCUAGGCCAAGUCAUACUGGAACGCAAAGAAGACACCAUAAAACAACACAUUGGCAUAGAAGGCCCUCUACCCAUACAUCAAGACCGACUUUAAAACACUACAGCAGAACGAAGCCAACGCACAGAGGUUUUAAGCAGUCGAAUAGUCCAAGUGUCCAUCGUAUUAACGCAUUCAAUCAAAACUCUGAAAGGGAGUUUGCUACACCCAGCUCAUUUUAUAAAGGAUAUAUGAAUUUAGAAGUUAGACCAACAUUAUCGCAAAAGCUAAGAUUUUAUGCGAAAGGAACACAAAUGAAACCAAAUGUCAGGGUUGAUGUUGGCGGUUUUGGAGCCAAAGGCUAUGGUAUGUUUGAAAGUAAGUUGACAAAGGAGCACAGGGAGCAAGAAGUAAAAGAAGAAAAGGACAAUUUUGGAGCUUCCAAGACCACAUUUGCAGGAUUCAAUAAUGUGAAACCACUUAGAGAACAUUCAAAUUCUGAUAAAUUUCAUUUUAAGAUAGAGAAACAGUCAGCUGAUAGCAACAAUUGGGUGAAACCCGGACUGGAAAAAAUGCAACCCAAAGAUACAUUGGCAAAGAAGUUAGGACAUAGCAAAGUCUUACUUGAGUCACCGAAAUAUGAAGACUUUAGGUUGGACCACAAAAAUAACGGGGAAGAUGAAUUUGAGGUGAAGCGAAAGCCAGGAUCAAGUGAAGUUGAAUUCAUCGAUGUGCUUUCUGGCCGUGAAUCAGCACAUCAAAAAGCAUCAGGCAAGCAACAAAUUCAACACAAAAAUCAGCAGAACGUUUUUAAUCAUGUCUCAAGUGAAAUUACAAGUGACGGUCGUAAAACAAACAGAAUGCAUUCUAAUUUUGCUCACAACACCUCCCAAAAGGUGUAUAGGCCAUUAGAAGAGUUCAAAACGCCAUUAAAUGAUAACCGAGGUAAAAAUGGUUGGGUUCAUAGUCACGUGGUUAAACAAAAAGCCGCAAGUGAUUUUGCAAAUGAAGAUCAUAAAGCAAGUGGAAAGAAUUCUGAUUUGAUCCUUAGCACCCCCCGAAAGAUGAAUAGCCCAAUAGAUAAAUUCCAGAUGCUGCUAAAUGAAAACCGGGGUAAAAGUAACAAGGAACAUAGUCACGAGGUUAAGCCUUUGUCUACUAAUGAAUUCAUGAUUCCAACAAAAUCUUCUUACCACAAACCAGCCAAUCGUAUGUCACUUCAUAAAGGAGGGGUUUUAAAAGGCUUUAAUGCAAAGGAAAGUCAUAAUUCUUUGCUCAAAGCUGGGAAUAGUGAGCUAAAAAGCCAUAGCAAGGAGACUUUCAACACCAGGCCUAUCAGCAGUGGUUUUAAGGCCCAUGCCGAAGAAAAUGCUUUCAGGGCGAGUCACAAUCACAACCAACAUACAACAAAGUAUAAUAAUAAUUUGCAAAUCAACGCACCAACGAUUAUGAAGUUUGAUGCUAAGCAAAGGAAGCCUUUGAACAAAAACAAAGUAAAAAUCGCUGAAUUUAAGAAGCCGGAUCCUAGUCACGGUGAUGCAAAACCAUCUCAAAAGCUAGCUAUGCAGAAUGUUGUUCACCAGCCGCCCGCAGCCAAAGCUAACUCCGGAACUGCACCAAAUGUAAUGAAAUCCGAUUUCGGAUACAUGGCAGGUCUUCGGGCCGGUCUCGGAUUAGGCGAUAAACAAGAUAAAAGUUUUUAUGAAGAACCAACUGGAAAAAUUCCUUUAGAUUCUACCGAUACAACUAGCCGUAUAUUGCAAUCAAUUUCUGGACCCGGACCUGCCUUGCCGUUUGAGAAUAUAGAAAAUGGAAUUAAUUUAAGUUCUUUGCAGCAAGAAGGAGCAAAUAUUGAAGAAGAAAUUUCCAAUGAAGCUAAGCAAAUAGACUAUCAAGAUAUUGUGGGUCAAGGAAGGGCAGGGAAUCUAGAUCUGGUGACAAGUGAGAAUGACAAUAAAGCACCGGGAAUGAUAAUGGAUGAGUAUCGUUAUAAUACUGCAGAAAAUGGCGAGGUUGGGUCAAUCUAUGACAGCAGAGAAGAAGAGAUAGGAGAAAAAAUGGGAACGAUUGCCGAUCGGAAAAGAUAUUCUGGUGCACGGACGUCUGAAGAAUCUGGACAGAAGCAGAAAGAACCGGUAACAGCAAACAAGCUUAUGGAGCAGCAAAAGGGUGUCCAAUAUGGCCGGUACCCAUCAGCAGCUUCAAAGAUGGAUCAAAACAAUCGAAACGAUCUGAAACCUCAGUCAUGGAACUUUGCCGGAGACUCGCUUAGAUUUGUAAAGCCAUCAAAAAAUAAGGGGACGAAAAAUAUUCAAAGUGCCAUGCCUUUUCUUGGAAGCCGGAAUAAACCAUCUACCUUUAUGGCCGGGCAUGCUCCGGAUAAGACCAAGAAAACUCCUUAUUUCCGGCCAAGCACAAUCGGAGGUAGAACUACACAGCUUCCUGCAGGUUUCAACAGUGGAUUUCAAGCUGCUCUGUACUCUUUUGGGAAUAAAGACUUUGACAAAAUUGAAGAGGUCGCUGCAACAAAGAAAGGUUUUCUCUCCAGAGCACCAAGUCAAGCAUCAAAAAAGGCCAUUAGCAUAUUGACAGAUAAUCCCUUGGCACAUGGCGGACUGGUAAAAUCGAUCAUCAAUAAAUAUGGGAAUUACUCAGCCAUUGAAAGCGAUAACUAUGAUACCAGCCGUACAAGGCAUUUUGUUAUUGACAAAAACAACAACCUGGUUUUGGCACCCGGUGAGAACACGGGUCAUGUAACUGAUUUUGAAGCAAAAAUCUGGCAAUGUUGGCACAUCAAGCGACUUAUGGUAUAAAUGGUGUAUCAAACAUGAUCAAAGAAGACCCGGAAUUAACAGGUCUACAGACAGUAAGAAGGGUCAGGCCGGAUACAAAAGAUUAUCAGUCUGGUUUGAUAGGCUGGGCGGGUACAAACAAUCCCGGUUUGCCGAGUGAAGAAGAAAUGAAACAGUCUGAUAUAUACGGACAGGAUCUGGUUGAGACUUUGAAAAACCUGAUUAUCUUGGUAAUAAAAGACUACCGGGUCAAUUUGCAUUGAAUAGAGCCGAAUCUUCAAAGUUGGGAGUUGCAAGCAGCAGCUCGAAUAAUGGUGGAAGAUUUGAGUUGGCAUCAAAUGAAAAUGCUAAUUAUGUGCAUAAAAAGUUAAAUUUUACUACCGGGGAAAGAAAGCAAUUACUUGCUGAUUUUGACAAAGGUAACAGGGAAGAAAGGCCUAUGACUGACGACAUGAAGCUGCUCUCAGAAGAAAAUGAGAA